UGGAAAUGUUCCACUUGCUGUACGCAUUACAGCUGGCCUCCUACUAGGUGGUCGAUUAACUCCAACCAUGUUGCUGUCGUUAUUUCAAGAUCUUGGUCUCGAUGUGUUCAACAAUGAUGGUCUGAAACCAAAUCAUCGAAUCCUGAAGCUGUUGGAAUUAGCAUACAACACAUUACAACAUGAUGACAAGGAAUCAUUCCAUGCUCUAGCUCAACUGCACUCCUCAUUCUCAUCCAAAUGUGCUUGUGUGAUGGUAGGAUUGGCUGACACUAAGGCCAAUGUGGUUCAUCUUGUACGUUUUGAUCCGUUGAUCAAGAUUUGUUUCCUGGAUUACAAUUCGUAUUUGGAUCGCUACUCUUUGCAGCCAUUCAUCGCCGAGUUUGGCCGUUACCAAUGCCCUGAAGACAAGCAACGCAUGUACCAACGGCGAAUUUGCAAGCAUUUCCUAGGCUUUGUAAAGGAAGCUGAUGACUGUAGAGGUUGUGGUGCAGACAAAGCAGUGUUUUGGAGUUACCAAUUGCUUCAGGAAAAAGUGAAUAUACAGAUGUCGUUGUCUGUUGUUGAUGUUUUGUCUGGAGAUGACUUGCUUCCUUUCUCUGGAUUAACAAAGUGGCCGGGUAUCCUACUUGCCUUGUUUGGGAGAGCAGCAUUUGAUGGAGAGUUUUUGAACAGGAUACAAAGAUUGGAUAAAGCACCGCUAUCUGCACAAGCUGACAGCAUUUGCACCUCGGUCCAGUUUUAUAUUUCCCGUCUAAGCAUUGCAGAUUCUGAUGUCACUUUUGAGAGUUUGGAUUCCAGAACCCGAAUGCUCCUGGAGAAAUCUGAACAAGAUUCGACAAGAGUGGAUUCACAGUUGCUGCUACCUUUGAUGCAACUUUCUCUGGAGUCAUGCAGGGUAUUCAUGUCUCUGGACAUCGACUUCAGGGAAGGACAGCUUGAGCCCAGCCAGGAAACACUAUCCCGUCUGCAGGUGGUGUACCAGCGUGUUACAACAACACUGAGAAUGGGUCUUGCAACAGGUGUCACUGAAUGUGCCCUGAAACUCAUUCAACUGUUUUGUUCCACUCUGCUAAACAAGGAUAUACCCAAUGUGCAGGUGAUAGAAGACCUUGCUGAGAGAGUGAUCUCAUCACACUUCCUAUCACAGGAUGGUGCAGUUCCUUCAUGUACUGGAAUGUACGGUUUUCUGCUACAGUGCAUUGCUGUGAUCCUGGGCAAGGUCAUGUCAAGUUCCUGUAGCAGUGAGUGGAUUAUUUCACCAUCAUUGAUUACACCACUGGGUAUACCACUGUGCAAGUGGAAACACGUACCAACUGCUAUCAGUCGCGAGGUCAAUGUCCAUGGCGACUAUACCACUGUGUCUGCUAAUCGGAUACAACGCUACCUGUACUCCAUGGAUAAUGACAUAGUGUCCACACUACUGGCAAUGUACUGGAAUGAUGUGUACAGCUACCGGCACAGUUCCUUGGUAGUAAAUGGAAGGACACACACAACUCCAACUGGUCUCACUCUACCAGCACAGCAUCCCUUCAACAUUGUGAUGGACUAUGUCAGGAGAUGGUGUAAUGGCUCAAAUCCAGCAGAUCAAACAACAGCACUGAUUAACAACUGUAGCCAGAACAAGAUACCUGAUCUGGAAGUGAUGCAGUCUUGUAUUCUGACAGCUAGAACACUGCUCAGCAUUGAGAAUACUGUCUUCGCGACUGAUGUUAGUUCCAAACUCUUCCCAGCGUUGAAGUCAUUGGUUAAUGAUCUCAGUGCUUACCUGCCAAGCAAUUGUGCAACUGGUCUCUCAGUGUCUGGAAUUGUGUACUUACCACCACAAGCUGGAGACGAUACUCUACUACAUAACUCUCUCAUUGCUGCCCUGCAUCGUCAAUCCAAGAGAGGCCGUGUGAGCAUUGAUCACCACAUUGCACUACAGGAAUGGUGUCCACGUGUAGCGGCAUGUUUUGUCUGCUAUGACCUGGACAACAUCGAGCCAUGUCCUCGUUGUGGCAUGGCUUACCUGUGUGGCAAACAUCGUCAAACUGGUGAACACCUAAGUGAACACAACCAACACUGUACUAUGCUGGUAGUACUUAGACAUCGCAUACCACAGGCUAGCUGAGCUUCUGAAGAUCUCUACUGGAUAGUGUUUAGCAGUUGAGAUUGGUGAAAGUGACCAGCACUGGACAGGGAUCAUUUCAAGCAGCUACUGCAGUAAGAGAUUCUCCAACAGCACACUAC